CUGAACAAAGUCAAUUGCCCUUUACCUGGGUAAAAGCUAGUGGUGGAAAAAUUCCUGAUCAUGCGUAUUAUGUCAACGGAAAAGCACUUGGACGUGGUGACCUUAAUGAUAAAUGGUUUCAUAAUAUGCAUACUAAAGGCGUACAUCCUGGAUAUGUUGAUGAAAAAGGUUUGAUUAUAGAAUAUGGUACUAAAAAAAUACUAUUACCAGAGUAUGAAGUAUUAGUUAUUGUCGCUUUGGAGUGGGUUCAUAUAACACGAACAUCCGAAUUAUCUACUAUUACACCCUUUAUUGUUGGUGUUGAAAAGGAAAACCGAUGUUUUUUAUAUUUUGCUAGAAAAGAUAAUAAAAUUGGUAAAGCAGGAAAGCAUUUAUCAGAUUUUUGUUUUGUUGAUGGAUAUGAAAAACACAACUGUGAAAUACUAGUUUAUAAAAAAAAACCAUUGGAGAAUUGA